AAGGUUGCCCAGGCCUUGUAGCGAGAACCAUGGACAAAGGAGGCAACGAGAAUAGAUUGGUCAUUGAGUCGGGAAACACCCUUGACAUGUCAUUCUUGAAGAGAAGGGCACUCACUGGAGCAGAAGAGCUGUACCAAGCCCUUACAUUUGUUCUCCGCUGCAAGUCUGUUGCAUCUCUUGAUGGGAUCAAGAGGAUAACCUGCCAACAAAAGGAAGAUCAGAAGAACCCACAGGACCGGAGUGCCUUACGAAUCACCUUGAAGCUGUUUCCAUUCAAGUUGAGGAGGGGAUUCAUCUCUGAGGCUCUAGAAAAUGUCCUCCAGAUUCUGCAAAUUGAGUAUGUGGAAUCCUUGGUGCUGACCUUGCCCAUGGAUCGUGACUAUGAAGCAACAUUUGAGAAUAUCAAGCUGUUCUGGGAAGAAAUGCAACUCUUGAACAAGUCAGGGAAAACAAUUACUUUGGGGAUCUCUGAUCUCACUCAUGAAUUGUUACAGGAGCUCUAUGACUGGGCAGAGGUGAAGCCCCGGACCUUGCAGAUAAAUCUUGCCAAUUGUUGUGUGGUGCCUCCAGAGAUCCGAGAGUUUGCUGAAGAAAACCAUAUUCAAAUUCUUACUCAUACUGAUGAACAA